AUGGCUUCCGAACUCACCUUCCCGCAAUUCGGAAAAUUGCCGUUGGAAUUACGGGAUAUGAUAUGGGGGUACGCUCUCCCCGAGCCGAGAGUCUUUGAGGUCCUCGAUUCUCCGUCAUCGGCGCAAUCUCAAACCACGCCCUCGGGCCGUUUGAUGUUUGCUGACGUCCGUAACGAGCCGCCACCCUCUAUAGCACGGGUCUGCCGUGAUGCCCGGCAAGCAGUUUUGCGUCGCUACAAGCCUAUCGCAUUUUCUGGAACAGUCAAGCACCUAGAUCUCUGUCGAGACAUAAUUCUACUUGACUCUUACUUACAGGUGAAGAGGCUGCUAAAGGUGAUUCGCCUCCUAAGCCAGAUUGAGCCUAUUCGUCGGAGUGCUACCAGGUUGGCUCUCGGUACAUCAUGGGGUUUACACACUGGGUUGCACCUACGAAUGUUUCAUCGCAGCGUCCAAACGAAGCGCAACAUGGCCCGGUUUCUCGAGUACAUAUCUAAGUUUCGCCAGCUUGAGACUAUCAUCCUCGUCGUUUACCAGCGCUCGGCGUUUGGACUCCGGCUCAAGUGCUGCGGCCCCGAUCGCUCGCGCAGCCUACCCUGGCGACAUUACGAUUUGUACGAAUCGUAUCAUUUCAACUUCAACGUCAACUUUAACCUCGACAACUACUGGCUGCGCCGGCCGUACCAGAGUAGGCUUGUUAGGUACGACCCGGAGGACGACAGAACGGAGGCAGAAAAGGUGCAGCAGUCUCCCUUGCCGAGGCAUUCGAAACAGUGCGUCCAUGAUCCGCAACCGCGCGGAUACCAGGUACACGACUUGAAGGGCACGUUCGAGAGCUGGCUGAAUAAAUUUGCGGAGGACGAGACCUUAGGGCCAUCACUGAAGGUGCCGGGCCUGGAGACGGCUACUCUAACUUGGAUUUACACUGGAGUUCGCAACGAGGAUUUUUAUUGA